AUGACUCAAGGUGACGUCAAUCGCGUUUCAAUAUUAAAUAUGGACAAAAAUACAGAAAAACAUUCUACCACGGAACUUGUACAGUUGACUGAUAGUAAUUUUAAACGUAUUUUCAAAUAUAAAAACAGAUAUUAUUUACCUAUCGAAAUGUCUCAAUUUACUCAAAUCGGAUUAAAUUCACCGGGCUCAGAAGGAUUACAACCGAGUUUACAUAUAGGUAUUUAUCCUGUACAUAAGAUGACUACGACUUCAAACACUAUUAUACCUCAAGAUUACACUGAUGUAGAAUGUACAUGGGAUAUAUCAACAGAAAUGGAAGUCGGUUUUGGAUUUCCUAAUCAUUUUACACAAUUCGACGAGCCUCACGUGUUACCAGAAAAUACCAUGUACACGUUUAAUACAACAGACGAUUAUUAUUUCCACGAAUCACUGUCUUCAUUCGAUAAUCGUUAUGUAACACCGAUUAAUUCUUCGGGCAGUACUAUCAGUACACGCCGUUAA